AUGAGUAAUUCAACGAAUUAUAGCUCUUACACCCUUCAAUCUUCCGUUAACAACCAUCAGCAAUCACAAGCAUUUGCGUACUCGCAACAGCACCAGGUACCGCCUUAUAUGCACCAGUACAUGGGUGCUACUCCAUAUUAUUCUUACAAUCAGUCCUUAGCUAUGCUUCGGCCACAAGUCGCGCCUCUUCAUUACGCGGCACCUUACGCAACGUCUCAGCAAAAUGAUACUACUUCUGUAUACAAAUCAUCUUAUCCAACUUUUAAUACACCUAUAGCUCCACGAAGGACAACGCGACAAGUUUAUGAAGUAGCAAAGCCGACAAAAUCGGCUUCAAGGCGCAAAUUUUGGAGCACAUAUGCUAGUCGAUUAAGACAAGGUACUACCGCUUUAGUACUUCCUGUUCAACUUAGAGGCGGAAAGAAACGUCAGCGUGGUGGAGGGCACAGCACUGAAGAUUCCGAUGGCAUAGGAGAAUUAUUUGAAGAUGAUGAUAGAGGAACUCCUCCAGCGGAAAAACGUCUAGCAGUUGGGUUUACUACUGUUAACGGGGAAAUUCCAGUAGUAAAACGAAAGAGAAAUAGGACUAGACAUAUAUACAACUCUCAGAAAGAAUUAGAUCGCAAUGCCGAACAAAGAGAGAUUUUAAUUCCUAUUAGAUUAGAUAUUGACUUGGACACGCAUAAAUUGCGGGAUACAUUUACAUGGAAUCUUAAUGAAAAAUUAAUUGUUCCUGAACACUUUGCUGAAAUAAUGUGCUAUGACCUUGAUCUUCCAAUAAAUGAAUUCGCUCCUCUUAUCGCGGACUCUAUACGCAAACAAAUUCAAGAACAUGAGCCUGUAGCGGAAAGUAAUGUCUCCACGGAAGAUACUAGGGUUACAAUUAAUCUUGAUAUUCAUGUUGGAAGACUUAAUCUUCGUGAUCGAUUCGAAUGGGAUUUGAGUUCGGAUCUGACUCCAGAGGAGUUUAGUAAAAUCUUAGUUGCAGAUCUUGGAAUUGGUGGUGAAUUUGUUACGAUGAUUGCGCACAGUAUUCAUGAACAAAUAUUGAAAUAUAAAAAGGAUAUAAAAUCUGAUGAUUCGGACAAUGAAAGCGCACCACUAAAAUCU